AUGUUUGACCGUGAAGCAUCGCCCUUCAUUAAAGAUGUCUGGAUCUCGCCCAAGCACAAUAGUAAUGACUACCACAGGGCACGUUGCCUCCUCGACACCGGCUGCUUCCAGAGCAACAUCGUCUCGAAAAGACUAGUUGAAGACCUGGGCUAUACCGAGUCAGACUAUGAGCCACUCAGUGAGACAGAAAGGUUUGGCAGUACCACACUGAGUGGGGAACAUAUAGCCUUUGAGGGUGUCAUACGGCUGUCAUGGCACAACAACACCAGUACGAACCGCUACCAUCGUAUGCGCUUUCUCGUGUCGACGUCGACACAGUGCGAGAUGAUAAUUGGUGCUCGCUCGAUCACCAAGUACCAUCUUCUAAAAGAAAUGGUACUAAUGGCAGAUUCAGCUGCUCCCAAUGUCCAAGCAGAUGCUGAAUUGGUCGCUCUCAAAGACGAGUUAUCCAAGCUGAAAGCCAGCGUCGGGAACUACACGACAGCCAUCAACAAAGAAAAGGCCCUCCCAGAGGCCACACGCAACAAGAAGCUGAUCGCACAGUACGAGAAGAAGCUGGCAGAGAAGCGGCACAAACGCCACGUGCAAGAGCUGAGAGUUGAUGCACGCGAUGCCGAGCUGCAGAACAAGUCGGAACAGGCCAAGAAACUAGCUGCAACGGCUGACGAGGAAGAGCGACAAUGGAACGCGAAGCAUCCACCGAAGAAGCCUGCGAACGCGUCAACACCGGUGUCAUCGUCUGCAGGCUCGUCGACUCGACAGCCAGGACCUGUGCCUGUUAAUCCAGCCAAGCAAUCUACUCCCUCUCAUCGCAAGCCCACAUGA